AUGGCUUUCAUCAGCGCUGCAAAUUUUACAUAUAUUCGACUCGGAUACCUGCUCACGUUGUCCUUCCUCCUAUUGAAGGAUCCUGUGUAUUUGGUUCACUACCCAAUGAUUAUCCUGUUGACUAGAGCGAUGAAUCUUCCAGAGCUGGAAAUGGAUGAGUUGAACCCCAUUUUUGGUCUAAUUUCUGUCCUGAUUCUUCUUUAUGCUGUUCAUGAUUUGAUACCUCUAUUAGAAGGAAAUGUCGUCUACUUCAGAUCAAUUGUCCCAGUUCGGGUUUCACUGUUUCUGAUCCUGAUAUUCUACUGCUAUGUGGGUUCAUCGUACUAUCUUUGCAAUGGGUUGAUCUUUAGUUUCUUAUUCAUGGAGAUUUGGUUCAACUUUUUCCUGUAUUCUCUUUUGAAUGAGGAAAAAGAGAAAGAAUCACAGCAAGAAUCAAUCAGUGCCAAAGUGAUUCAAGACCAGAUUUUACGAGGAGAUCGGGACGACGUGGAAGAAAUCAUCAAUGAGUUAGGAGAGCAAGAAUUUGAGAAUAUCAUGUCUGAUUUGAAAGAAAGAGGCAGUCAGUGA